GUCAAACUGAUAAAAAUGACAUUGUUGUCACUAAGAACAUUCUGUUAUCGCAAAAAACAGAAUUUAUAUUGAAAACACCGCUAAGAACAUAUAGUAUACUUUUUUGUUCAGUUAAUAGAUUCAUCAAAAUAAAUCUUAAAUAAUGGUUGGUGAGAAUCGAGCAAUCCUGUAUGGCUAUUGGCUGUCUUCGUGUUCCUGGCGAGUCCGGGCUGCCUUGAAUUUGAAAAACAUUAUAUUCGAAGAACAAAACGUGGAUAUUGUAAAGGAUCAGUCCCAACUCACUAAUGAAUAUAAGACAAUCAAUCCUGCACAAAAAGUACCUGCACUGGUUAUUGAUGGGGAAACUUUAGUGGAAUCAAUGGCAAUACUUCAAUAUCUUGAAGAUACACGUCCUGAACCUCGCUUGGCGCCCAAUGAUCCAUUACAGAAAGCGCGUAUGAGGGAAAUAUGUGAGAUAAUAGUAUCGGGAAUCCAACCCCUGCAGAACGUUGGCCUGAAAUCUCAUUUUAAGACAGACCAGCAAUACCAGGAAUUUACAAAGUACUGGUGCAAUCGUGGUCUGCAAACUCUAGAAGAUCUUUUAAGGAAUUGCACUGGCCCGUAUUGCGUUGGAAAUCAAAUCACCAUGGCCGACCUUUGCCUAGUUCCCCAGUUAUACAAUGCAACAAAUAGGUUAGAGCUUACACUGGAUAAAUACCCGACCUUGUCAAGAUUGUAUGGUACACUACUCAAAGAAAAAGUGUUCAAAGUAACUCACCCAAAAGCUAUUAGACCACAAAACGUAGUGUCCCGUCUAUAAGUCAUUGUUUUAUUAAUCUUAAUAUUAAUAGUUUAUUAAGAAUUAAGCAAGUAUGUUAACUUUAAUAUAAUCUACCUUAUAUUACUGCAUAAAAAUAUUUAUACAUUAUUUAUAAGCAUAUAUGGAUAUCGAAUAAAAAAUAUUUUAUAUACUAUUUUUAAUUUUUUGGUUCCUAUAUAUUUUUUUAGAAUAUUAUCGUGAUUUGUGUUAUAGGUACACUCAAAUUCUAGAAGAUACAGGAUAAGAGAGAUUCAGGAUAUGCGAUACUAAAAAUAAAGUGAUCUAUGUAUAUCAAAAGCAUCUAAUUUCAAAAGUAUACGUGCACCCUUUAUACGUCAUCCUGCUCGUAAAAGUAGCGCCGCCUUCCGGGUCCAAUUGUAUUUUCAAACCAACCAUUUAGGCAUCCGUUUAAAUUUUGUUUUUAAAAUUUCUUCCCAAUCAGUGUAGCUGUUAAGAAGCAGUUAGAUGAGAUAGA